AUGGCUCGCGCUCCCGGCCUUCUUGCAGGUCUCGCUACCAUAUCCCUCGCUCUGGGCGCAGCACUGCAGCCUCGGGUCUCUCAGCAAGUGACUACCUCCUACGGCACGGUAGAGGGUGCUACUUCCGACCUCGAAAGCGGUGUCACCGUGUACAAAGGAAUUCCCUUCGCUACCCCGCCAGUUGGUGACUUGAGAUGGACUGCGCCGACCCCACCGGCUAAUUGGACUGGCGUUCUCAAUGCCACGUCUUUUGGCGCCGACUGCGCCCAGUCUUAUUCGGCACUGGGCAUCUUCUCUUCUGGUAGCUACGACAUCUCCGAAGACUGUCUUUACAUGAACAUCUGGACACCGUCAAAUGCUACAUCUACAUCAAACCUUCCAGUAUUCAUCUGGAUCUAUGGAGGACGUUUUGAGGGCGGUGCCGGCAGUGUGCCAACCUACGACGGGUCUCACCUUGCCGCAAAGGACCUCGUGGUUGUCACAUUUAACUACCGCAUGGGUCCUUUCGGUUUUCUCGCCCACCCCGAGCUCAGUGCCGAGUCAGGUCACAAUGCGUCCGGAAAUUAUGGGCUGCUUGACCAGAUCCAGGCCAUCACCUUUUUACAAGAGGAAGUAGCUGCAUUCGGCGGCGACCCGGACCACAUCACCGUUGGUGGACAGUCAGCUGGUUCAGCAAGUGCGUUGGACAUGAUGUACAGCCCACUGUCCAGUGAUAAGCUGGUUGGAUGUAUCUCUGAAAGUGGCGCGCGCGACCCCCAUGAUCCCGAAACCUACGGUUUGGCCACGAGCCACCGCCUUCUCGCGACAGCCGAGGAACAGGGCAUUACUUUUGUUGCUGAGAUGAACGUGACGACUAUUGCGGAGCUUCGAAACGUCUCGAUGGAUGAUCUUUUGGAGUAUGAUAGUGCUAUGGAUACUAUCCUAGAUGGCACUGUCUACGAGAACAGCACGCUUGGCUUUGUUUCUGAGCCGCCGCUCUGGCGUCCUGUUGUUGAUGGCUAUGUUUUGCCUUACACCUAUGGGGAGAGCCUCCGCAGGAAUGCCCACGGUGACAUGCCUAUCCUGACAGGAGACAACGAGGGUGAAUCUACAGAUAGCGACAUGACCCUCACGGAGUAUCAGGAGGGAUAUGCCGGAAUAAUGGGCAACCUCACAGACACUUUCUUGGAAGCAUACCCCGCAUCGAACGACACCGAAGCCACCGCUCAGAAUGCCGGGUUCGGCCGAGACGUCAACCGGGUCUCAACUUGGCGUUGGGCUGAAGACUGGUACAGCGGAGGCGCUACUAAUGAUGUUUUCGUCUACUUCUGGACUCACGCGCCCCCGAACCAAACAGCUGGUGCGUACCACGGAUCCGAGCUGUGGUAUACCUUUGGCAACCUGCCCACAUACUACAACUACACUUGGACAGAGCAAGACUACGAAAUCCAGGCAAUCAUGGGUGAUUACUGGGCCAACUUUAUCAAGACUGGAAACCCCAACGGCGGCAGUCUCACCAACUUCCCAGCGAGCAAUCCAAAUGUGUCUCAGAUUAUGUGGCUAGGUGACUCAUUCGGUGCCUCGUAUAUUGCUGACAAUUCCAGCAAGAUUGCUGUUAUCGAGGAAUUCUUUUCUCAGAACAUAGAGUUUUAG